ACGACUUCCACAAACGAUGUAUUGGAACUUUUCGAAGUUCGAGCGACAACUUUACUAGCGCUGCUGCUCAGUCGGUUUUAGUUCUGUCGGAGUAAAGCAGCAACGUUCGCAAGUGGAACGUCAAGAUAGAAACUUGUAGAGUCAAAAUAUAAAACAAAAUGUCCAACUUGAAGCGUUUCGAUGACGAGGAGCGUGAGUCGAAAUAUGGCCGCGUCUUCGCUGUCUCUGGACCUGUCGUGACCGCGGAGUGCAUGUCCGGCUCUGCUAUGUACGAGCUGGUGCGUGUGGGAUACUAUGAGCUGGUCGGUGAGAUCAUUCGUCUGGAGGGUGACAUGGCCACCAUUCAGGUGUACGAGGAAACCUCUGGUGUCACAGUCGGUGAUCCCGUGCUGCGCACUGGAAAGCCUCUCUCCGUUGAACUGGGUCCCGGUAUUAUGGGCAGCAUUUUUGACGGUAUCCAGCGUCCAUUGAAGGACAUUAACGAGCUCACCGAAUCCAUCUAUAUACCCAAGGGUGUCAACGUCCCUUGCUUGUCCCGCACGGCCAGCUGGGAGUUCAAUCCCCUGCACGUUAAGGUCGGCUCUCACAUUACUGGAGGUGAUCUGUUCGGUCUGGUGCAUGAGAACACUUUGGUCAAGCACAAGAUGAUUGUUAAUCCUCGUGCUAAGGGUACAGUUCGUUAUAUUGCCCCAUCGGGCAACUACAAAGUCGAUGAUGUUGUGCUGGAGACCGAGUUCGAUGGUGAGAUCACCAAGCACACUAUGUUGCAAGUAUGGCCCGUGCGUCAGCCCCGUCCCGUCACCGAGAAGCUGCCCGCCAAUCAUCCCCUGUUGACCGGACAGCGUGUGCUCGAUUCGUUGUUCCCCUGUGUCCAAGGCGGCACCACCGCCAUUCCCGGUGCCUUCGGUUGCGGCAAGACUGUCAUCUCCCAGGCCCUGUCCAAGUAUUCCAACUCCGAUGUCAUCAUCUACGUCGGUUGCGGCGAGCGUGGUAAUGAGAUGUCUGAAGUAUUGCGUGAUUUCCCCGAGCUGUCUGUUGAAAUCGAUGGUGUUACCGAGUCCAUCAUGAAGCGUACUGCCCUCGUGGCCAAUACCUCCAACAUGCCUGUCGCUGCUCGUGAGGCUUCUAUUUACACUGGUAUCACACUGUCCGAGUACUUCCGUGAUAUGGGUUACAACGUCUCCAUGAUGGCUGAUUCCACCUCCCGUUGGGCUGAAGCCUUGCGUGAAAUCUCUGGUCGUCUCGCCGAGAUGCCUGCCGAUUCUGGCUAUCCAGCCUAUCUUGGUGCUCGUCUCGCCUCCUUCUACGAGCGUGCCGGCCGUAUCAAGUGCUUGGGUAAUCCCGAGCGUGAGGGUUCCGUCUCCAUUGUCGGUGCUGUGUCGCCACCUGGUGGUGAUUUCUCCGAUCCCGUUACCUCCGCCACUCUGGGUAUCGUCCAGGUGUUCUGGGGUCUCGACAAGAAACUGGCCCAGCGCAAGCAUUUCCCCUCCAUCAACUGGCUCAUCUCUUACUCGAAGUACAUGCGUGCUCUGGAUGAUUUCUAUGACAAGAACUUCCAGGAGUUUGUGCCACUGCGUACCAAGGUCAAGGAGAUUCUGCAGGAGGAGGAAGAUCUCUCCGAAAUUGUGCAGUUGGUCGGCAAGGCCUCUCUGGCUGAGACCGACAAGAUCACGCUUGAGGUUGCCAAGCUGCUGAAGGAUGAUUUCUUGCAACAGAACUCCUAUUCGUCUUACGAUCGUUUCUGCCCCUUCUACAAAACCGUCGGCAUGCUGAAGAACAUCAUUGACUUCUACGAUAUGGCCCGUCACUCCGUUGAAUCGACCGCGCAGUCCGAGAAUAAGAUCACCUGGAAUGUCAUUCGUGAGGCAAUGGGCAACAUCAUGUACCAAUUGUCCUCCAUGAAAUUCAAGGAUCCCGUCAAGGAUGGUGAGGCCAAGAUUAAGGCUGACUUUGAGCAGCUGCAUGAGGAUUUGCAACAGGCCUUCAGAAAUCUGGAGGAUUAGAGCACAUUGGCCGUACUUUUACACAUUAUCUUAUAUUGUUAUGUAGUUAACUUUUAAAAAUGGCAACAAAAACGUUCAUAUCGCGUACAGUUCCGUCAAAACAAUUCCGUGCAACACAACAAAAGAUUCCAAAAAUGAUAUAAAAAAA